GCUUUUCUCUUGUGAAUUGGUUUCUGCGCAUGCGCGGCGUUUCCAACUAUCACACGCGUGUUGUGUGUUUGAUAGGAGGGUGUUACUGCAACGGGAUGUUUCACUACGGCUUUCUGGAUGAAGAGCAGGCGAAUACGCUCCGUUUAUUAGAGAAAUCCUCCAGUACGAGCAGAUAUGUGGGCUGAAUCCUCAGCCUUGGACUGAGAAUGGGUUAGACGAGCGAUGGUUGUGUUUGAAACUCUUCCCAUCUCGCAGCGGGAGCAAAACAAUGAGGACAACAGCAGACAGAGACGGGGACUAAUCAGUGUCAUUCAUUCCUGGACUUUCUUUUCUCCUCUUUGUCGUUGAGAUGAUAGUGGAGCUGGUGUGCAGCGUGGUGGCUCUGCUCCUCUAUAUGAACACACUGAGCGCUGAUUUCUGCUAUGAUGACAGCGUGAACUGUUCGCGCUCUCCUAUCCAUUGAGAUGUCGUCAGAAGGGGGGAGCCGAGCAAUCAAAACCAACCAAGACCUCCUACCGGACACUCCAUGGACGAACAUCCUGUACGAUGACUUCUGGGGCACUCUGCUCACCCACAGCGGCAGCCACAAGUCUUUCCGCCCCCUUUGCACUCUCUCUUUCCGCCUCAAUUAUGCCCUGAGCGGCUUGGACCCCCGGGGCUACCACCUGGUCAACGUGGGCCUGCACUGCUGUGUCACUGCGCUCUUCACUGCAUUCUGUCGCCCCCUGCUGGGUGGAGGACCGUGGAGCCUGUUGGCGGGUCUGCUCUUCGCCUCUCAUCCCAUACACACUGAAGCGGUAGCUGGGGUGGUGGGGCGAGCAGAUGUGGGUGCAGCAUUUUGCUUCUUGUUGUCCCUGAUCUGUUAUGCCCAGUACUGCCGUCUCAGGACAGCACACUCGGGCGGGAUUGAAUGGCAGACAGUGCUGUGGCUUGCUGGGAGUUUGGGUGCUGCUGCAGCUGCUUUACUGUGGAAGGAGCAGGGAGUGACUGUUCUGGCCGUCUCAGCUGUUUAUGACCUCUGUGUUGUGCAUCGUCUGAGACUCCGGCAAGUGAUAAUGAUGGUGCUGAAGAGGAAGAACAUGAGCUUGCUGGUCAGUCUAGCAUGGCUGGUUGGUUGGGGGAUGAUUCUUCUCACAGUUCGGUUUUACUGGAUGGGCAACAAGCCUCCAAACUUCUCCAACUCUGACAACCCUGCAGCCGACUCGCCUCACUUCCUGAUCAGAGUGCUUACUUUCCUGUACCUGCCAGCUGUCAAUGCCUGGCUCCUCCUCUGCCCUGACAAACUCAGCUUUGAUUGGUCAAUGGAUGCCAUUCCUCUGCUCAGAUCCAUCACUGAUUGGCGGAACCUUCAUUCGGUUUUGUUUUACUCAGGAUUCGCUCUCCUGUCAUGGUUUGGCUUGAGAAACCCAUCACUACAGUCCUCUAAAAUCAGCGAAACCAAUGGAAAAUCACAUAUGAGCAAUGGAAAGUCUGCAACUAAUGGAUACAGUUAUAAUCAUGAUGACAAUCACUACAGGGACUCAAACUCUCCCAAAAGAAAUGGAUAUCAUAAACCACCCAAAGCACCUCAAAAAUCCCUUCCAGCCACAGAGAGUGUGGUGGUCUUUUCCCUCGGGCUGCUGGUUUUGCCCUUCAUCCCAGCUACUAAUAUGUUCUUCUACGUGGGCUUUGUGGUGGCCGAGCGGGUGCUGUACAUCCCCAGUAUGGGCUUCUGUCUGCUCGUGACCGUUGGGUUGAGGAGCAUGUUUGUUCGCUGCAGGUGGAGACGCUCCAGAGCGUUCCUGCUGAGCUGUGCUGCAGGUCUGGUGCUCCUCUACAGCCUGAAGACUGUGAGGAGGAACCAGGACUGGCAGAGCGAGGAGAUGCUGUACAGGUCUGGCAUUGCUGUAAACCCUGCUAAAGCCUGGGGUAACCUGGGUAAUGUCCUGAAGAACCAGGGAAAGAUGGCUGAGGCAGAGAGAGCGUAUAGAAAUGCUCUUUAUUACCGUGGAAAUAUGGCUGAUAUGCUCUACAACCUUGGUUUGCUGCUACAGGAGAGCGAGCGGUUCUCUGAGGCUCUGCAUUACUACAAACUGGCCAUCGGGAGCAGACCGACUCUGGCCUCUGCAUACUUGAACGUAGGCAUCAUCCUGGUCUCCCAAGGAAAUAUCGAAGAGGCUAAGCGCACCUUUCACACUUGUGCUGACAUCCCCGAUGAGAACCUAAAGGACCCUCAUGCCCACAAGAGCUCCGUCACCAGCUGCUUGUACAACCUCGGCAAACUGCUUCAUGAGCAGGGCCAGCAUGAGGAGGCGCUGUCCAUGUAUAAAGAGGCUGUGCAAAAAAUGCCACGCCAGUUUGCACCGCAGAGUUUGUACAAUAUGAUGGGUGAGGCAUAUAUGAGGCUGAAUAAUCUAGAGGAGGCAGGUCAUUGGUACAGAGAGUCACUGAAGGCCAAACCUGACCAUAUUCCUGCCCACCUGACCUAUGGAAAACUGCUGUCUAUCAUGGGACAGAAGUCUGAAGCAGAGCUUUACUUCCUGAAGGCAAUAGAGCUGGAUCCUGCCAGAGGAAACUGCUAUAUGCAUUACGGUCAGUUUCUGUUGGAAGAGUCUCGUCUGGGAGAGGCAGCAGUGACGGCUCAGAAAGCUGCAGAGCUGGACAGUUCUGAGUUUGACGUGGUGUUCAGCGCUGCUCAUAUGCUCAGACAGGCCAGUCUGAAUGAGGCAGCUGAAAGGUAUUAUGGGAAGGCAGCUGAUUUAAGACCUGAUCAUCCAGCAGCUCUGAUGAAUCUCGGGGCAAUCCUCCAUCUUAAUGGGAAGCUGAAGGAAGCUGAGAGCAACUACCUCCGUGCGCUGCAGCUCAAACCAGACGACCUCAUCACUCAGUCCAACCUCCACAAACUCUGGAACGUCAUGCAGAAACAGGGCCUACGAGCCUCUGGGACUUGAUCUGCUGCUGGGGCAUCUGCAGAUACUUGAUCUGAUUUGAGCAGGAGUUCUGUGCUGAUUCAGUGCUUACAGACAGAUGUUGGUGGAACUGGUUAAAACUUGAACAGGUCUGGAGGAUGGGGACGAAGAUGAAGCCUCUGUGAAGUUCUGCUUUGGACAGUAAAUACCCUUAUAAGUGUAAAAGAACAGUAAAGUGUACAAACACAGGAGAGAUGGUGAUUGCAUCAUGCUGGAUUGUAUUCUUCUGAGAGCACUGACCACGUUCCCCCCAACUGAAGUCUCUUUUUUUUUUUUUUCUUAAGUGACAUAAAAGAGUUUAGAUUGUCAUUAUGUUGAUAUUUAAAAUGCCUCCUUUUAAUUUAUUGUUGAUAAAUCAACAGUUUGUCGCCUAUGAGGGUUGUUAAUAGAACUUAAAUUCUCAAUAUCUCCCAUCAUUCAGAUCUCAAUCUGUUAUGAAGCACUAUUAUGUUGUUUUGUCUAAUUUCAGGCUUUUUACCAAAACAUUUUACCACAAUAAAAUGUCUGUUUGACCAGAAAUAAAGUCAUUAAGAAUUGUA